CGGCGCGGGCCGAGGGCUAGGCCCCCGCGCCGCCAUUCGCCCAGGCCUCGGCGGGGCGGGGAGCUGGGGCGAAGUCCCCGGGGGCGCGAGCCUUGGCCCCGUCGUCCCGCCCCCGCCGCCGUCUGGUUACACUUUGCUUCCUCGGUGUCCUGAGCGCCGACUAUCCCCUUCCGUUUCCACCCACACCUCGCAUUUGCCGGCUGUCAGUGGCACUCGGGCCAACACCUGCCCCAAGCCCCAGCUGCGGUCUCCCAGGCAUAGGCGCCCAUGACACCUUUGCAGGCCACCGCCUGGACGCUGCACAGCCAUCGUGAGCUGGCGCCACUGCUGCCUCUGAGUCCAAUGCCGGUGAUGCCCAUCCCGCGGCGGGUGCGCUCCUUCCAUGGCCCGCACACCACCUGCCUGCAUGCCGCCUGUGGGCCUGUGCGGGCCUCCCACCUGGUACGCACCAAGUACAACAACUUCGAUGUGUACGUGAAGACGCGCUGGUUGUACGGCUUCAUCCGCUUCCUGUUGUACUUCAGCUGCAGCCUGUUUACCGCGGCGCUCUGGGGCGCGCUGGCUGCGCUCUUCUGCCUGCAGUACCUGGGCGUGCGAGUGCUGCUGCGCUUCCAGCUGAAGCUGUCUGUGCUGCUCCUGCUGCUGGGCCGCCGCCGCGUGGACUUCCGCCUCAUGAAUGAGCUGCUCAUCUAUGGCAUCCAUGUGACCAUGCUGCUGGUCGGGGGUCUGGGCUGGUGCUUCAUGGUCUUUGUGGACAUGUGAGGGUGCCCUGGGCCAGUGUGGGCUGGCUCGGGGGCCUGCCACAGCCCUUCUGUUGGCAUAGGCGUCUGCCUCUUUGGGCUGCAGGUCUGUAGCACACACUCCAUUCCGGAGGGAAAAGGGCCGCGCCCACGCUGUUUCCCUCUCCACCUCCCUGCUCCCCCUCCCCUGCAGCUCUCCGCACUUGUCCGGUUCUGUCCUGUGGCUCCUCUGUCCAGCCUAUGCUCUGAGACCAUGGACAGUGAGGGGUGCGGGCACAGAUCCAGCGGGGUCUCUUCACACCCACUUCCUGUGUACCCCCCAGUCUCAGCUACAGCCUCAGGGACAGUCAGGCUCCACUAGUGACACUGCACUGCCACAUGGGUCCUGGCCCGGGCGCAGGCUACCACCCUUACCUGUCACCUUGAGGGGCUGUAUGGGUCCUGAGUCCCAGGUUAGGCCUCAGGGUCACUGUGGCUUACCAUAGAAACUGCAGGGCCAGCCCAAGGAGAUGAGUCAGCCAGGCGCCAGCCCUAUACCAGCCACUCUGCUACCAUGCCUGGGGCUGCAGGUCAAGGGGCCGGGCCUGCACUGCAGGUCGCUGCAGACAGGGGCUUCCCGGGGUAUCUCUCUUUUUAGCUUGUGGGGCAGUUCAGUCUCCCUCAUGAAGGAUCCAGGGCUAAACUUGCCUGUCUCAAGUGGAUGUCAGGGGUCCAGACCGGCCCACUAGGUAGGCCCAGGCAGUCUCUAAAGGUGCCUUCCAGGUGCCAGGUGCAGUGGGCUGUUGUCCUCUGCCCACCGCUGGGACAUCCUGGGCAGAAACCCCCUACCAGCCUGUGAGAGCUGGGGUCUGGAGCUGUUCUGGCAGUACAGCUUACUGGUGGGGGGCUCAGAGUCAUGACACCAGAGUGGGGACCCCCGCCCAGUCUCAAGAGUGGCAAAUCGGCCAACCCUAGCUUUACCCCAAAUUGUUAUCCCCACACCUGGGCGUGGGUUGUGGCCUCUUUGACCCUGCCCUGCCAGGCAGACCAGGUAAGGGAUCUGUGAGGACAGAUUUACUCCCUGAAGAGAGACCUGAAGAACCCCAAACUAGGCGGGCCAGCAAACCCCACCUAGCUGUGGCUGCACCUCCAUUUCCAGCCAGCCUCCAGCGCAUCCUGAGGGAGACCCCACUGUCGACGUAGGUCUGACUGCCUCCGGGAGGGCAGGUGAGGACUCCCCAGUGGACCCUGCUGCUUGCUGCAGAGAAUCUUGCACUAAUUUCUGCUCUUUCCUCAAAGCAGCUUUGUUUUGUGUUAGCCAGUUACUCAGAGCUGCCGGAGCCCCUUCGCAGGCUCGUUGGGUGCCAGUGGUGGGAGGGAUCUGGCCGGGCCACCUUGGCAUGGCCAGGACCUUGUCAUGCUGCAAACCCAGCUGCCCGUGUCCCGAGUGCCUGUUAAAUUCUUUACCAGAUGAAACACCUGCAUUAAACCUAUUUUUUUAACA